AUGGCGAGGCCCGUGAGUGGCUCCCUCUCGGGGAAGGUAGUUUUGCCGUGCCACUUCUCCACCAUACCCACAACCAUGCCCGCCAUCAACGCCAAUGGCACCACCUCCAGCACCGACUACCUGCGCAUCAAAUGGACCAAAAUUGAAGGGGAAAAGGAAUCCACAGUGCUGGUGGCCCAAAAUGGCAAGAUUAAAAUAGGCUCCACCUACAGGAACCGUGUGUCGGUGCCCAGCCACCCAGAGGAUGUGGGGGAUUCUUCUCUGACCAUGGUGAAGCUCCGAGCCAGCGAUGCCGGCACCUACCGCUGCGAGGUCAUGUACGGCAUCGAGGACACGCAGGACACGAUCAACCUCAAUGUCAACGGUGUUGUGUUUCACUACCGGGCAAGCACCAGCAGGUACACCAUGAACUAUGAGAGUGCUGUCCAGGCCUGCCAAACAAUAGGAGCCUCCAUUGCCACGCCUAACCAGCUGAAGUCAGCGUAUGAGGACGGCUUUGACCACUGCGAUGCAGGUUGGAUCGCAGAUAUGUCAGUGAGAUACCCAAUCACUAGACCGAGACCUGGCUGCUAUGGAAACCUGCAGGGGAAGCCUGGGGUGAGGACAUAUGGACCCCGGAAGGCCACAGAGACCUAUGAUGUGUACUGUUAUGUGGACAAGCUGAAUGGUGAGGUGUACUACGCGCCUGUGACCCAUAAGAUGACGUUUGAGGAGGCAAAGGAGGAGUGUGAGAACAGGAACGCCGUCCUGGCGUCGCCGGGUCAGCUCCACUCCGCCUGGAGACAGGGUCUGGACAGGUGUGACUACGGCUGGCUGGCCGACGGCAGCGCUCGCCACCCCGUCGCGGUACCCAGAAUGCAGUGCGGCGGCGGUCUGCUGGGCGUCAGGACCAUGUAUCGCUACAGGAACCAGACUGGCUUCCCAGAACCCAUCACCCAGCUGGGAGCAUACUGCUUCAAAGGCAUCCACUCCUGCACUGAGAACAUUUGUCUGAACGGGGGCUCUUGCUACAGGAGCGGACGUUUCCAAUCUUGCAGCUGUGCCCCUGGCUACAGUGGAGAUCGUUGUGAAACAGACAUUGAUGAAUGUCAGUCCAACCCCUGUCGCAAUGGAGGUACCUGCAUUGAUGGCCUGAAUUCCUUCACCUGUGUUUGCCUCCCAAGCUAUGCUGGAUUGUAUUGUGAUGAAGACACUCAGACGUGUGACUACGGCUGGCAUAAGUUCCAGGGACACUGCUACAAGUACAUCCCCCAGAGGAGGAACUGGGAUACAGCGGAGAAGGAGUGUCGGGUACAGGGGGCACACCUCACCAGCAUUCUCUCCCAUGAUGAGCAGCAGUUUGUCAACCGUCUUGGACAGGACUACCAAUGGAUCGGCCUGAACGAUAAGAUGUACGAUAAUGACUUCCGCUGGACCGACAGCAUGCCCAUGCAAUACGAAAACUGGCGCCCCAACCAGCCGGACAGUUUCUUCUCGUCUGGAGAGGACUGUGUGGUGAUGAUCUGGCACGAGGACGGCCAGUGGAACGAUGUGCCCUGUAAUUAUCACCUCACCUUCACCUGCAAGAAAGGCACAGUGGCCUGUAAUCAGCCCCCUCUGGUACAGAAUGCUCAGACCUUCGGCAGGACGAGGUCACGCUAUGAGAUCAAUGCUCUGGUGAGGUAUCAGUGUAAGGGCGGCUUCAUCCAGAGGCAUGUGCCAACCAUCCGUUGCCGUGGAGAUGGCCGAUGGGACAUCCCCAAAAUUGCUUGCAUGAGUCCAUCAAACUCCCAAAGGGCAUUCUCAAGGAGGCACCAGAGCUACAGCCUGUUCAGCAGUAAUAACUACAAGUGGCGGUCCGACGAGGCAGAGGCCCGACACCGUCCUCACCAUCGAGGAAGGAGAUUGAAGAGAUUGGCGAACAGGCGAAACAGAAGACAGUGAUCGCCGUGGUUAGGCUAGGUUACGCCUGCUCACAAUCUGCACAAUAGGAAUGCAUGACUGUCACUCAUGUGGAGAUGGGGUUUUUUUACGAAUGAAAAAAGAAAAAUACAUUUGAACAAAAAAGGAACAAAAAAAACAAACCCAAAGGAAAUGUGAAAUUUUCUUACCAUUUUGAUGAUGGAAUCUUGGAAUGACGUGCCUUUUCAAAGAAUAUUCUGAUAUAGGGACACUAAUUUAUAAC